AAUCUUGUCUGUCUAUCUGUGUUGACCCUGUGAUUAGGUGGCGACUUGUCCAGGGUGUACAACGCCUUCCACUCUAAUGCGGCUCAGAUAGGCUCCAGCACCCCCCGCGACCCGGAACGGUACAAGCUGUAGAAAAUUGAUGCCUGGAACAUAAAAUAGCUCAAUCAUCCAAUUAUGAUUUUAAAACGUGAUGUUCACCCAAAUGACCACUGGGUGGCAACACCACACCGUGUUAUGACUUUACCGGGUACACUUGAACGCUUCACAGCGACCUGUUGAAGCGGGCGUGUUUUUUCGACGGCGACGAAUCUAAAAAAAAUGACCUUUCUCUGUCCUUCUAAAAAAGAUAAAAUCCUCAACGGGGCGGGUCCAUUUGAUGUUCAACCGAACAAGGGAGUGGUUCCAGGAUACGCGCCAGCAGCCAAGGAGUUAAUCCGAGCUGUGUCGCUAGGGGAAGGAGGAUGCUUACGGGGGAGCAGCGGCACAUCUCCAGCUGGAAAAGAGACUCACAUCAGCUCCACUUGCAGGAAGAACUGUUGAAUGUUUCCAGGUUUGUCAGUGGAUUGCAGAACUCGGACCUGGAUGUGUCAGGGCGAAAAUCCGGCAACAAACCUCCGUCCAAAACAUGUCUGAAGGAGGAGAUGUCCAGGGGCGAGGAUUCGGAUAAAAUCAUCAUCAACGUAGGUGGCACCCGGCAUGAAACCUACAAGAGCACCCUAAGGACCCUGCCGGGGACCCGCCUGGCAUGGCUGGCCAACCCGGACCCGCAGGUCAGCACCGAGGAGUCGUCCGACUCGGCGCCUCCGAGCACCAACGAGUUAUUCUUCGAUCGACACCCGGGGAUCUUCGCCUAUGUGCUCAACUACUACCGGACUGGGAAGCUGCACUGCCCGGCCGACGUGUGCGGACCUCUCUUCGAAGAGGAGCUGGCCUUUUGGGGCAUAGACGAGACCGACGUGGAGCCGUGCUGCUGGAUGACUUACCGCCAGCACCGGGACGCCGAGGAGGCCCUGGAGACGUUCGAACCGCCAGAACCGGAGGACACGGACGACGACAGCGAGAUGCCCAGGAGGUUUGGCAUAGACGACUGUCCUGACAGGUCGAGGGGGUGCUGCGAAGUUUGGCAGCCCAAGUUCUGGGCCUUGUUUGAUGACCCCUACUCAUCCAGAGCAGCCAGGGGAGUGGCACUUGCAUCGCUCUUCUUCAUCCUGGUGUCCAUCACCACCUUCUGCUUGGAGACCCACGAAGCCUUCAACGAGCUUCAGAACCGCACAGUGCUGGUGGUUGUGGGCAACGUUACACGUGUAGAGGAGAGGUGGGAAAUGGUGACCAAGCCCAUCCUCAUUCUGGUGGAGGGCGUUUGCGUGGUCUGGUUCACCUUUGAGUUCCUGGUGCGAAUCAUCUGCUGCCCAGACAAGUUGGUCUUCAUAAAGAAUUCGUUGAACAUCAUUGACUUUGUGGCUAUUUUGCCUUUUUACCUGGAAAUGGGCCUGAGCGGGCUGUCAUCCAAAGCGGCCAAUGACGUGCUAGGUUUCCUCCGAGUGGUGCGGUUUGUCCGGAUUCUUCGGAUCUUCAAGCUAACGCGACACUUUGUUGGUCUUCGUGUGCUUGGACACACUUUGAGGGCCAGUAUAAAUGAAUUCCUCCUGCUCAUCAUCUUCUUGGCUCUGGGUGUGCUCAUCUUCGCCACCAUGAUAUACUACGCGGAGCGUAUCGGCGCCAGUCCAGACGACCCCACAGGCUAUAAUCACACACACUUCAAGAACAUCCCUAUCAGCUUUUGGUGGGCCGUCGUCACCAUGACAACUCUUGGCUAUGGCGACAUGUACCCGCAGACGUGGUUGGGCAUGAUGGUGGGAGCGUUGUGUGCGCUGGCUGGGGUCCUGACUAUCGCAAUGCCCGUCCCGGUCAUCGUGAAUAAUUUUGGGAUGUACUAUUCGCUGGCCAUGGCCAAACAGAAGCUGCCCAAAAAGAAGAAUAAGCACAAUCCCAAUCCAGAUACUCAAACUGACUCUGCAUCGUUUGGGAAGUCGGAGACAAACUCACACAGAAACAGCACUCAGAGUGACACUUGUCCACUGGCGGCUGAGGAGAAAGUGAGCAGAAACCGAUCAGACUCCAAACAGAACGGGGAUGCAAACGUGGCCCUCUCAGAGGAGGAAGGCAACAGUCUGACCCAGCCGCUGUCCCCCAAUGAAAAGUGGUCUCUGCGUUGCACCCGAGGGCGAGAUAGAUCUAAGAAAGAAGCCACCUGCUUCCUCCUAACCCCAGGAGACCCCGGCGUCCACAGUGAGAGCUGCAAAGACAUGCUGGCGCCGCCUGCAAACUACACUCAAACAGAGGUCACCUCGCUAACCUGAUGCUGAACGGCUUUUAAAAGAAACAGAAAAGAUCAUGAACUCAAGGUGCACGACAAAGUUCGCAUCUGUCUGUUUUCUUCCCUUCCCCUUGAAGGAACUGUAGACUGAAUUAUUUUUACUGAGGACAUUGUUUUAUUUUUUACUCUCUAUCAUUCAUGAAUGCAAUUGCAUACACUCCUAAUGUUUAUAACAUGUUUUAUGGCAUGUAUUGCAUGAUCUGGUGUUGUACCUAGAAAGUGUGUUAAUCAUUUAUUAGAUUAAUGUAGCAAGCAACAUUCGCAUCCAAGGGAGUUUUUCUUGUAUAUUUAGUAUGGAGUGCAGAAGUAGAUUGUUUGAACUCAUUAAAGCUUUUAGUUGUUAUGCCAGAAAACCUGUCAAUAUGGGGUCGUACAGUCUAACUGUAACUGUAAUCUAGGAUUAGACAAAAACUGUUCAAUUCUUAGUGUCUUCAUUCUGUGCCAUUUAGUGUGCAGAUAUUUUAUCCAAAUGCAGGAAAGAUCAGACAAGAAGUUUGUGAAGUAAACCUUUUGUACAGUUUGAGAUCACAUUGUCUGCUUUUGACAUUCACUGUAUCAUUGCUGGUUGAGUCAGGACCAAAUCUAAACAAUUGCCGUCCAUUUUCACGAGCAUCUUGCAUUGAAAUUACAGUACAAGUCGGGUUGCACUUAGGCCUCAUGUGGAUUAAUGGUGCACGACAAUGUGCUGUAAUGUAAUCUGAUUACUUCCUGCAAGUCGUGUGGAAAGCAGCUGUUGUGUUUUUCCGCGGACAGCAUUCAUUCUUUCUCUCUCAUGAUGUGUUUUGUUGUUCUCACAGUCUACCAUAGUGGCCUUACGUUUAUUAUAACAACUUCACUCUCCGUGUAUAGCUUUAGUUUAUAAGCACAUUUGUAAGUAGCACAGUAAAAUAUUCUGGAAUUCAUCUGUAUGUACAGUAUAUGUGACGUGUACGUACCAAAUAAUAACAAAUUAUUAUUUUGAUAACUCACCUUUUUAGCCGUAUUUCCUCUGCUCUGUAAAUGAAAAAGCACAUCAAUUUGUUCAAAGACUGUUUAGGCCAGAUUUCAAGUGUGUGUGUGUGUGUGUGCGUGUGCGUGCGUGCGCGUGUGUGUGUGUGUGUGUGUGUGUGUGUGUGUGUGUGUGUGUGUGUGUGUGUGU